AGAUUCACGGGGGACGUAAAUAUGCGUCGGACUGCCGAGUCCAGCGAGGACUGGGGAUAUUUUCUUGUGCAAAUUUAAAUUGAUUGUAAAUUCAGUAACAACUCUCCGUGUGAAGAGCAUAAAAUUUUAAUAUUGUGUACUCAUAUGUCCAGAGGCUUCGACAUUAUUUACGAGACGAACAUGCACAUGUAUUUGCUGACACUUUAGUUUGUUUUACGAAGAGAAGAUUGAAGAUGUUCUCUAAACCAUUUCGGGUUAAAUCUAACAUUGUCAUCAAAGGAUCCGACAGGAGAAAACUUAAAGCAGACCUUCUCUCAGCGUUUCCUUCUUUGUCUCCUGAUGACAUUUCUGAGCUGCUACCCAACAAAGAAGAGUUAAACGUUGUGAAGAUUUAUGCACACAAGGGAGAAGCUGUGACUCUUUAUGUACUGCAGAAAAAUCCACUGCUCUUUGAACUGGACAAGCGUCUUUAUCCCACAGUGUAUCUGCUUUGGCGCUACCCUGCCCUCCUUCCAGUUUUUCAAACAUGGCCCCCUGUGCUUCAGAAGUUAAUCGGCGGAGCUGAUCUCAUGCUGCCUGGAGUGGUGGUGCCGUCACGUGGUCUUCCAGAGGUGAACCAGGGAGACUGCUGUUCCGUUACACUGGUUAACAACAGGGCUCCGGUUGCAGUUGGCAAAGCAGCGGUGUCCACGUCAGAGAUGACCAGUUUGGAAAUGAAAGGGAGAGGACUUUUUGUUCUCCACACAUACAUGGAUUACCUCUGGGCAUUUGGGGAUAAGUCAAGCCCACCUUCACUGUCUGAUACAGAAAGUGAAGAUCUAGAGAACAGCGAGGAAUGUGAGACCAGUGAGCAGGAAGCAGAGACAGAAGUUGAGAAGUGUGAGGAGCGCCAGAGCUUUGGUGAAACUGUCUCUGAUCCAGCAUGCUGUGGUCUGGAGAAACUGAUACUAACUCAAACAGAGGAAGAUAAAGGUGAACCUUCCAGUGAACUCGAAGAGGAGCACCAGGAAGAAAAGAAAACACCCCAAGAGGAAAUGGAUGCCCUGCUGUUGCAGUGCUUCUUUCAUGCCCUCAAGAGCAAAGUGAGGAAGUCGGAGCUCCCUCUGUUAACCAGCACUUUUCUUCGGAACCACAUGUUCUCCUGCUGCCCAAGUGGAAAGCAACUUGAUAUAAAAAAAUCCAGCUAUAAGAAGUUGUCUAAGUUUCUGCAGGUCAUGCAGCAGCAGUAUCAUUUUGUGCGAGUGAAAGAACUCUCCAAAGGCGUCGAAAGCAUCGUGGAAGUGGACUGGAAAAACCCAGACUUGCGUUCCUUUAGAGUUCCAGAGGAGACGAGUGUGGAGACAACUCCUGUUCAGGAAGAAGUGGAAGAAGAAUCGUAUUACCCUCCAGAGAUCACAACUUUGUACUCUGUGUCUGCUCGGGUGGAGCCUCUCUUUAUUGGUGCAAAUAAGAGGAAAGGAGCAACACUGCAUCCUGCUGAAGUAAGAAGUAUUAUCACAGAUUAUGUAAAGAACAAUGAACUGGUGGACAAAAAUAAUAAGAAUUACGUGACUAUAAACCCAACUCUGUGUGACUGUUUACUAGAAAAAAUGGAAUACCAAGAAGUGGAGUUUCUGAAAUGGGAUGACGUUUUUAGCAGGACUCUGGGACGAAUGAAUGAAUGCUAUCAGCUGGUCUUUCCUGGACGAGCGCCUGUAAUAAAGAAGGGUCAUGUGGAGCCUAUAGAUAUUUCUGUGGCGUCUCGAGGCUCAAAUAAGAAGGUGACUCUAAUAAAGAACUUGGAAGUGUAUGGUUUGAAUCCCGGGGUCAUUGCCUCCACUUUGCAGCACAGAGUCCAGGCCAGCGCGGUGCUGCAACCUGUACCCGGAGCCAAAGACAGAGUCCUGGUCCAGAUCCAAGGCAACCAGGUUCAUCAAGUUGGAAACUUGCUACUCGACCAUUAUCAUAUUGCCCGCAAGUACAUCCAAGGACUCGACAAAGCUUCUAAAAGUGGCAAGAAGAAGUGACAAUUCAAGACUUUAUCACCAACUUUAACAAUGGUCUGUCCUGGAAAACCAUGUUUUUGAUCAGCCAUUUCAUUGAGCUAAUGCUAGUUCAUAUUUCAAGUAGAUAAAUAAAUACAUUUCAGAAUAAAGGUGUUUGGUUUCUUUAAGAACUCAGCUAAAAUAAACCACUUUGUCACUGUACUUCUUUUUCUGCUAUUUUUUUCCCACAAUGCCGCCAUGUUGUCCGUGUUUAAAGCACACACAAAUGAACAAACUCCACCAGUUUGAUGUAUGUUAUACAUGGCAGUUUGAACCUGAAGACACUGGAUGAAAAUGGAGCUUCUCAGCUAUGAAACAUCUCAUAAAGACAGCGGAUGAUAUCUACCAAAUGUGCUCAGCUGGAUCUUAACUGAAGCUUUACGCAGCUGGCAGUCAGCAUUAAAUUGUCCUCACCGGUGAAGAACAUGCUUUUGGACUGAAUCUUUGAACAGCAUCUUCAUGUGAAACAUGCUAAGCCACACCCAUGUUUCGUUUCGUCUGUCGAAGCUCUUCGGUUAAAAUCAGAAGUCAUGUGCAACAGGGGAAAAACAGGUUAAGUAAGGCUGAUGAAAGAAUGUCCCCUUAACAGUUGUUGAAGCAGACCCGACCAUGCCAUUGUGAUUAAAAUUGUUUCAAUUAUUUUAUGUCCAAAGAAUGACAAGUUAUUAAACCAUGAGCGAUAUUUA